CUAAUUGUAAACUGACUAAAUUGUGAUGAGGGCGAUUUAUAAAGUCCCAUUCACCGGUGCUUCUUCCUGCACCAUGAUGUCCACUUCUGAACCACGUGUUGGAUGAAGAAGCGCUGAUAUUAAGACGUGCUUUCAGACGUGAGAGGGUGUUCCGGGACAGAUCCGACCCUUUAGCUGUUCCCCAAGAGUACCUCCACCAGAGGUAUAGAUUUUCUGUAGAUGGAAUCCGGUAUUUGUGCAGACUGCUGGGUCUGAAGCCUGCUCUCACCAUCCCACAGAUGGACUGUGUGGCACUGCGCUUUUUUGCAAGCGGCAUGUUUUAUAUGCCGUGGGAGAUGCCCAAACUGUAAAUAAAGGCACUAUUUGCCGUACCGUCCGAAGUGUGUGUUUGGCCCUGAAGUCCUUGGCGCACAUCUUCAUUACCUUCACUGGCCACAGAAGCAUGUGUUCCACCAAAGAGGAUUUCCACAGUCUGUACACAUGCAACAUCCUCUGUUAAGGCACUUAGCAGCCUGCAAAAUGGGUUUAUAUUUUAUCUUGUUGCCACGAUCUUUGCUGUCCAGUCAGGUUUGUUCUGUAUGAACAUUAAUUGUAGAAAGAUAUUUACAAUUAGACACAGCAUAAAUAUUUGUGUAUAUGGUUGUAAAACGCAUCCUCGCAUUGUGGAUAAGGAUUUUAAAUUAGGCUUCGUUUUUUGGAUACAUUUCCAGAGGAGGUUUAAUUCCUUCUGCUCAGUUUUGAAACAAUCAUAUUAAAGCAAUUACAACAGAGUGCACAACUUUCCUAGUAAGGAGAUAUUUCUAAAUCCUUCUGCAUUCAGUCGGUCCGCGUCUGUUUUUUCUCAUUGUUUAGUUCCAGCUGCCGUAUUCCUUUUUUUGCGUAUGAUAUGCUUCACUUCCUCAUACAUUUCAUUAUAAGUUGCUGCGCGCGGCGUCUUCUCCAUUUCUGCAUCAGUGAAUCUGUGAUCGAUAUCGUGGUCUACUUAAGAAAGCCGUGGACGUGCACUUAUUCGAGAUUUGUGCACCUGGAUCGACUUGGCGCCUCUUUUCAGCGCGACUCGGCAAACGUGCAACCGAUUAAGCCGCAACGAGCAGGUCAAACUAAGCAAAGCGGCCUUUAAUCACAUAGCCCAGAUUUCUUUAGUCUACUUUUGUGAAAUACCCCCCAGAUCUCACUACUGCUCAUCUGCAUGCUGGGAUCAACCCUCCAUCUAAUCCCCAUCGUCCAAUAAGGAGCCAGAGAAAAGCCACCAGCUGAUCGAUGAAGUCCUCGUCAAAAUAAAAGCAUAUGGAGGGUGACUGUUAAACGAGAUACAUCAUCACUCUUUCAUUUGCAUCUUUACCUUAAAACUGUCAGAAUAAAACAGGAAUUGAAAAUGUGCUGACUACAGAAUAAAAGCCUCAACAGUGUGCUUACUAAAAAUAUUUGUAUUAGUUAUAUAAAAUGUAGUAUUCAUGUUAGUGGUUGAAUACUAUUAAGACAAUUUUGCACAGGAGAAAAAGUAAAUGAGAAUAAUAAUAAAAACCUUUACUGACUGAGUACUAUUUCAGUACUUAAAAUUAAGUCGACGUUCUUCAUUACAAAUUUACUAAUUAAAAAAGUAGAUAGUUGAAGCACCUUAAAAGCAACACACUUUCUGCAAUUUUGAUUAUUCCUUUAAAAGCAUCAUGACUCAGCAUGAAUCCGAGGAAGGAAACAAACGUCACCAGCAGAUGACGCUCCAGUAAGAGGCGGAGCUACACGGAGGGGCGGAGCUUCCACGUCACUCUCCAGAAACGAAAGCUAAGUUGGUCAGAGAGACAGACGCGCUGCAGUGAAGACAAGUCUCCGUGUUUCUGAGAGAAAAGUCAAAGUGACGUCAUCAGGUGUUCCUCAGCAACACAGCAGAGUCUCUUGAGAACACAGACAUGGCUUCUGCCAACUAUGGUCCAUCUGAAGAUCAGUUCCUGUGCUCCAUCUGUCUGGAUGUGUUCACUGAUCCAGUCACCACACCAUGUGGACACAACUUCUGCAUGAACUGCAUCAAUGAACACUGGAACACCAGCGACCAGAACCUGUGUCCAAUGUGUAAGGAGGACUUCACCACCAGACCUGAUUUGAGGGUCAACACCUUCAUCUCUGAGAUGGUUGUUCAGUUCAGACAGUCCACUCAGCAGAAAGCCAGCAGCAGCAGCUCAGAGCAACAAGAGUCCAAACCAGGAGAAGUUCCCUGUGACGUCUGCACUGGAACCAAAGUGAAGGCCCUCAAGUCCUGCCUGGUGUGUCUGGUCUCCUACUGUGAGACUCACCUGGAGCCUCAUCUGACAGCUUCACGCCUGAAGAGACAUCAGCUGAUGGACCCUGUGGAGAACCUGGAAGGCAGGAUGUGUACGAAGCACGAUAAACCUCUGGAGCUGUUCUGUAAGAGCGACCAGACGUGUGUCUGCAUGCUCUGCACUGUUUUAGACCACAAGAACCAUGAGUAUGUUCCUCUGAAAGAAGAAUAUGAAGAAAAGAAGGUUGAGCUGAAGAAGACAGCGACUGAAAUUCAGCAGAUGAUCCAGAAGAGAAGACUGAAGAUUCAGGAGAUCAAACACUCGAUGGACCUCAGUGAGGAAGAUGCAGGCAGAGAGAAAGCAGAAGGUGUUCAGGUCUUCACUGAUCUGAUGGAGUCUGUUGGAAGAGGCUUGAAGGAGCUCCUCAAAACAAUAGAAGAGAAGCAGGAAACCACAAAGAAACAGGCUGAAGCUUUCAUCAGAGAGCUGGACCAGGAAAUCUCUGAGCUGAUGAAGAGGAGCGCUGAGGUGGAGCAGCUCUCUCUCUCUGAAGACCACCUCCAUCUUCUCCAAUCCUUAUACAUCCAUCAGCCGUCACCCACCAAGGACUGGACAGAGGUCAGUGUUUGUCCUUCAUAUGAGGGGACUGUGGUGAGAGCUGUGUCUCAGCUGAAGGAGACACUCAGUGAAAAGAUGAAGGUGUUGUUUACUGAGCUGAAGAUGGUCCAGAUGUUUGCAGUGGAUGUGACUCUUGAUCCUGAAACAGCUCAUCGUCGUCUCAUCCUGUCUGAUGAUGGGAAACAAGUGAAACUUGGUGAUGUGAAGAAGAAUCUCCCAAACAACCCAGAGAGAUUUUCUAAUGGGUUUUGUGUUUUAACAAAGCAGAGUUUCUCUUCAGGCAGAUUCUACUUUGAGGUUCAGGUUGAAGGAAAGACUGAGUGGUAUUUAGGAGUGAUCAGAGAGUCUGUCAACAGGGAGGGAUUCACCUCACUGAGGCCUCAGAAUGGUCACUGGAUUCUAUGUUUGACAAAUGGAAAUAAAUACACAGCCACUGAUGAUCCUCCAGUUGAUCUCUCUGUGAAGUCUGGUCUUCAGAAGGUGGGGGUGUUUGUGGACUAUGAGGAGGGUGUGGUCUCCUUUUAUGACGUAGAAGCUGCAGCUCUCAUCUACUCCUUCACUGGCUGCUCCUUCACUGAGAAACUCUUCCCGUUCUUUAAUCCUGGUGAUGAUGUAUUUGGUGUAAACUCUGCUCCUAUGAUCAUCUCUCCUGUCAAAGUAAACUAAACA